UCUCGUUAGUUAGGAGGAGAAAAAGAUCGAAGGGAAAACCAUAAAGCAACACACUUUUCUUGUUCUUAGUGUUCUUAUUCUUUUUCCGAUUCCUAAUCUUGUUGCUAAGCCCUAGAUUUUCUCCACCCUACCUCACCGCCUUUUCAAUCUCUUCGUUUCUUCGAUCGUGCCCGAAUUUGUACCUAUACCCUUACUCUAGGGUUCCUCCCAUGGAUUCUGAGGAUGAUAUGCACGACGCCAACGAUGUCGAGUCCCUUGAUGACGAUUUCUACAGUGGCGAGACAGAGGAUGCUCCUAUGGAUUACUACAGCGAAUACGAUGAUGAAGCCGAUGAUUACUUCGAUGAUGCCGACGAUUCCGACCGAAUUGAGUCUCGUCGACCGGAGCUGAAUUUUACCAUAUUGAGGGAAUCAGAUAUCCGGCAAAGGCAGGAAGAUGACAUCACUAGAGUAGCAACGGUUCUUUCUAUACCAAGAGUUUCUGCAAGCAUCCUACUUCGUCAUUACAAUUGGAGUGUCAGUAAAGUGCAUGAUGCAUGGUUUGCUGAUGAAGAUCAAGUCCGAAAAGCAGUUGGUUUGUUGGAGAAGCCGGUUUUCCAGUCUCCUAAUCCUAGAGAGCUUACUUGCGGCAUCUGUUUUGAAAAUUAUCCUCGUGCUAGGAUUGAAACUGCUACUUGCGGUCAUCCCUACUGCUUUUCAUGCUGGGCAGGAUAUAUUGGCACAUCAAUUAAUGAUGGUCCGGGAUGUUUGAUGUUGAGAUGUCCUGAUCCCUCUUGUGGUGCUGCUGUUGGUCAAGAUAUGAUUAAUCUUUUGGCAUCUGAUGAAGAUAAAGAGAAGUACUCACGUUACCUUCUUAGAUCUUACAUUGAAGACAAUAAGAAGACCAAGUGGUGUCCUGCUCCAGGUUGUGAAUAUGCAGUUACUUUUGAUGCUGGUAGUGGAAAUUAUGAUGUAUCUUGCCUCUGUUCAUAUAGCUUUUGCUGGAACUGCACUGAGGAGGCUCACCGCCCAGUGGAUUGUGGCACUGUGGCUAGAUGGAUUUUGAAAAAUAGUGCAGAAUCUGAAAACAUGAACUGGAUACUUGCUAACUCAAAGCCAUGUCCCAAGUGCAAGCGACCGAUUGAAAAAAACCAAGGGUGCAUGCACAUGACAUGUACUCCACCUUGUAAAUUUGAAUUUUGCUGGCUAUGCCUUGGUGCAUGGUCAGACCAUGGUGAAAGGACUGGCGGUUUCUAUGCUUGCAAUCGUUACGAAGCUGCUAAACAAGAGGGAGUGUAUGAUGAAACUGAAAGAAGAAGAGAAAUGGCAAAGAAUUCGUUGGAGAGGUACACACAUUAUUAUGAGCGGUGGGCCAGCAACCAAUCUUCAAGGCAAAAAGCUCUUGCAGAUUUACAUCAGAUGCAAAAUGUUCAUAUUGAGAAGCUUAGUGACACACAGUGCCAGCCUGAGUCACAGCUUAAGUUCAUUACUGAGGCCUGGUUACAGAUAGUGGAAUGCAGGCGGGUGCUGAAGUGGACGUAUGCAUAUGGAUACUAUUUACCUGAGCAUGAACAUGCUAAAAAGCAGUUUUUUGAGUACUUACAAGGUGAGGCAGAAUCUGGUUUGGAGAGACUUCAUCAAUGUGCCGAAAAGGAACUACAGCUAUUCCUCAAUGCUGAUGGCCCAUCUAGAGAAUUCAAUGACUUCCGCACCAAACUAGCUGGAUUGACCAGUGUGACUAGAAACUACUUUGAGAAUUUGGUUAGGGCAUUAGAGAAUGGCUUAGCUGAUGUGGAUAGUAAUGGAGCUGCUUCCAGCAAAGCAACGAGCUCAAAAAAUGCUGCAGGAAGCAGCAAGGGGAGAGGUGGAAGAGGAAAGGGAACUAUUCGAACUAACAUGUCCAGCAGAAUGACUGAUGAUAAUCAUUGGUCUUGUGAGCAUUGCACCUUUGCAAAUGUCAAAUCUGCCACCACAUGCCAGAUGUGCAAUCAACAGCGUCGUUGAAAAUUGGGUCCCCCAUUAGAAACAAGUGUCUCCUGCUCAAGGCCAAUGAACCAAAAGCUGAAAUGGAGUUAUUACUUCCUAGUUAUAUGUUGGCUACUUUUUGUUAGGCUAUUUGAUGUGAACAGGAUGAAGGGGGGGUUAAGUCACGCAAGAAAGGUUAUCCUCCUUGUACGCCUAUUGAAUACAAAACCCAAUUUAAUGUAUAUAUUGUUUACUCUUAAAAAUUUACGUAUGGGGUUUAUGCAGCAGGCUUCUGUAACUGAAUCAUGUACUGCACAUGCCGGAGAUAAACACAAAUGUGCUUGUUUGUGUCCUGAUUUCUUUUAGUAAAUCUCUCUGCAGCUUCUAUAAGAUACCUUGAGCCAGUUGUGUAUAAGUUCGGGGUUGGUUGCUUUAUAGUUUUUUAGAAAUCAUGACGAAUAAGGGACUACUUGAUAGAAAUAUCAAACCAUUAUCACUUGAGUUUUAUUGUACCUAUUAAUUCUGUGACUGGAGUGAGAAUUUGGCUGGUUCUUGUUGGAUGUGUGAUGUGUGGA